UCUUCCUACAGCUGUCUGAGAUUGCCCAAUAAUGAUGUUGCAGACUGCAUUCUACUCCUGAAGAAAUGUGACCAGGUAUAUAGAUAUUCCGUCUUUUAUUAUAUUUUAAAUUUAAACAGAGAUGCUCCCUUUGUUUGCUCACAGGACUUACUAGUCUUACAGUAUAAGUGCUUAUCCCUUUCUUCACUCGCAGGACUACUAGUCUUAUAAAACAUCAUCCUGCAAUAUCCACAUAUACUGGAACCACUGAGGAAGUGUGCAGGUUUUCUACGUAUGGGUGGUGCAUGAUGAUGCCUUAGGCGUAAAAAAAAACCAACCUGUGGUUCCGGUUUCAUAUCGUGAAAAAAUUAGGGUCGGUAGGUCGGAAAUAAAUUUUUUUUUGAAUAUUUGUUUCAUGGUUUUGGCGUUUUUUUUUGCUGGGCGAUUUGCAGUAGAGUCCCGACAUCAAUGUUAACUAGAGAUGCGUAUUUCCUAUGGACGAAUUUAGGCAAUUUGGUUCAAUAAUUAGUGUGACAACAGACGCCAUUUUGGCAAGCUGUAUGAGCAGCCCGCAACCACCUGGAGAAAAUAGGGUUGCACGGUCAAUCGCGUUGAAAAAAUAAUAGGGUCGGCAGAAAAAAAUAGGGUCGGUCGGGAACCGGAACCACAGGUAUUUUUUUUACGCCUUACUUUACUGCCCGCUCUCCUCUGCUGUCUGCAACGCUACUAUCCCAACAUUGUAAUGGUAUACUGUUAUUUGAGAGGGCCGAAUCUGCUUUUUGUCGUUCUGUUACGUUUUGCAUUAUCUUUUGUUUACAACGCUUAUAUAUUGGCAUUUUAUCACAUUUGGGUGACUGGACAGUUGCUGUAGCAUAGUACAAUAUAUUUGCGUGUUAAAGUGCAGUAUACUUGUAUAAAUAUGGCUGUAUAACAACCUCGACAUGUUGACGUAUUUAUCCCAUUUAAGCAUUCUAAGUAUUUUCUCCUGACCUGAGAAAUUAAUACAAGGUGAUUGGCUCACAGUUCAUGAGAGCGAGGUUCCCAGGCCAAAUGACGUAAUUAUCGAAAGCGCGUGUUACAACUAGUAAAUCGUUUCAAUGUAAUCGUUUCAAAAAUCUAAGAUGCAGGCAACCGUAUAAUGCCAUCAUCUCGUCAAAUCAUUUGUCGUAGAUCAUUAUAGGGACUUCGAAGUUUACUGAAUUUCUUACCAUUAUCUGAAUUGACUUUGAUGAGGAUUUUCAUUCAAGUCAGAAUUUUCAUUCAAGUCAGAAUUUUCAUUUAUGUGUAUGAAUAUAUGAGUGUGUGAGCAGAGCAACUAACGAGGGUUGGCCAGUAGCCCUAAAACAGCGGAUAAACUAGUGUCCGUAUGAAUACAAAUAAAACAUCGAGGCAUUUCGAGCGAAAGCCUUUCGUGAGGAAGUUAGUAGCCAGGCUUAGCGAUAGAAGAUAAAUAUCAUUAAUGAUUCAUGAGUAAAUUAGCCAACCAUAUUGCUUUAUUUUGAUAAUACUGGAUACCUGGUGAAGUGUUUUGAUCAAGUCCUAGGACUGGAUCAAAACUUUAAUUCAAUCCUUGGACUGGAUCAAAAUUAAUUCACCUCACUUUAAGCGGUGAUAUAUUCGUACGAGAUGUCAUUUCAAAUCCUCCAAUUCGGACUGAUGGACGGACCAACUCGGCUUCGCCUCAGACUUGAUCAAAUUGCGCAAACUUGAAAUAUAGCCCAGUCCUCAUAGUCGGACUUGAACUAUUACAAUGACUUACUGUACCAUCUCAGUCCGGAGAUUAUUACAAAAUCUCUUGAGAUUCACCAUUAUCUUUGGAUUUCUUCUACACUAUAAACUCGAACGAUCCGUAUAUCAGGUAUAGUUGAAACCAUUUCCAUCUCAAUUUUCUGGUGUUUUUGGUACUACCUACGUUGACAAAUAUCGUUCGAUUGUAUGCCCUCGUAAACAAGAUUUUUCUUAGUCAUCGUUGUUCUUGUUGGAAGUAUAAAACUACAAGCGUACUUUAGAUUGCAUCCAUGAUGUAGUGACAACUUCCAAACGCAAGUUCAUAAAAUAAGUAAAGAUGAACUUUUCGUGUGACGAUAGAUUUUUUUAUUGUUUCAGGUCGUUUAUAUACUCGGUAGCGUAUCUUUGCGAAAAGCUGCCGGAACUUUAUCAAUCCAUGGACAUCAUUUAGUUGAUGAGCGAUGGUAUCCAGCUUGUUCUAGUGGUGCAAACCUUGUAACUCUUGAGUGUAGUUCUCGUCGUCGUGUCAAGUGUACAAGUGAACUUUUGAGCCAGAUAGUUGACGAUGAAACCAGAAAGGCUGUUCAAGUCAAGCUCAGAAAGAAUAGUGAUGUUGGAUGUAUUGUAUUAUUGAAAGGAAAUUGGCUUGUGUCAAGAAUGCAGUGUGAGGACGCGUUUGAUAUUAGCUCGAUAACUGUAAGUAUGAUUGUCUAUUUUUUAGUUCGUGGUCCCAGUUAUCAGCUUAUAAAAAAUCGUCGGUAUCUUUUUGUUCUUACAAGCACAAACGACCUGGAAAUUGGAACAAACCUUUUUACUUUUGAAGUUGUCUCGAAAUCUUUCAAUAACUCAUGCAUAAGUAAUUUUCGUAGCCAUUAUGUUAUCUGAACAUGUGCUCUCAUCUCAUGUCCCUUCCGUUUCCAAAUUAGAAAUAGUGACUGUGCAUGAUUGAUUAAUUUAACAACUUCAAUGCCUCAAUGGAAUAUUUCAAUGAAGAGACCUUGUCCAUAUGCUACUUCCACUAAAUGUUUUCCAGCUUUUAUGUAAAUACUUUAUGUUAGUCAUUAUAAUAAAAAAUACGAACUUUCCGAUAAUAAGCACCCAAGCCUAGAAGGAUUUCCGAACAAUGCGUGCCUGUUAUUUGCACAUGCCCAAACACUAACAGCCGCUUACCUUUUAUCGCCAUGCGCAUGCUGGUAUCAAAUGCCAGAAAUUACUGACCAUAAUAACUAACACACUAACUGCGCUCUUUGUUGUUAACUAAGUUAAAUUGCAUUUAACUGCAUUAAGUCCGAAUGCUCACUGCAUUAAGUCCGAAUGCUCCCUACUUGGUGGCACUAUUUUGGGUCAAUCAGACUAUCUGUUCAUGUGUAUAUAUUAGCUAAUUCAUUAAGUUGCACUACACUACAGUGCGGCGUACUGUACUUAUACCGGUCAGGAACGCUGAAUGAGGUUGCACCAUUUUCCCCAUCAUUUCUACUCGUCUGAGUGUGUAUUCACUGUAUUGUGGGGUUACUUCUCAGUAUGUUGUUAUUUCUGUGAAUGUUGGUAUUUAUGUCUAUGUUGCUGUUAUUCAUUUCAACACGCAUGCAAAUGAAGACUAUGCUUGUGCUUACAAGCCUUUACACCUGCGGUCUUUUUUACACCUGACCAAAAACAUUCAAGAUGUUGUAUAUUAUUUUGAAAGGGCAUGUGAAGUCAUACCACGCGCUGCAAUCUGUCAUGGAAUUUUGCUGGUACUGAUAAAAAGCAUCCAUUGAACACAUUUUUAUUUUGUUAGGAAACAGAGGAUAUGGGAUUGCAUCAACGAGAACUUCAAAACAAAACAGCUGAUCUUGGUUUCACUCUG